AUGGCGGCAGCCCUGGCUCCUCAAGACCUCACGGAAGACUCCAUCUGCUCCAACAAACGUUCUUUUUGCACGUAUCCCCAGGCGACCGAAUGCGAGGCACUACAAAGCGUGAGGAAGAAAGCCAUUUUACUCAGUAACUUGGGCUUCGAGGGCCGGCGUCUCUACUACGACCUGGCGUCGCGAACGGACUUGACAACUGCAGCUUUCGAAGACAUUCUUCGCCUAUUCGGCCGACAUUAUCUUCAGGGACAGGAAGCAACAACCCAGGGAAACCUUUCAGGACUUCGUCACCGCGUUACAAAGGCUAGCGCCUGCUUGUGCGUUCGGCGCUUGGCAAGUCCCUUCGCGACCAAAUCUUGCAAGGCGUCGCAUCAGCAAGAAAACGAGAAAGAUUACUCUACGGAAGAUCCCCCCUCACGCUCAAGAAAGCCGAGGAAAUUGGACGAAGCGUGGAGCAAGUCGACAAAGAACUUCGUCUUCAACUCGUCUGUUCAGCGCGUCUCGACGCAACACCAAGAUGGCGUCGACAGCCAUCACCUUCCUCGCCUGAGCGCGCAAGAUGGCGGUCCCUGCCACCCUUCAUCGACCCGGCAGCUUCCAAAUGGCGCUCAACGGCAUGGCGGAAAGUCGCAACGUGGAGAGGCCGACCAACAUGGCGCCUGGCCCGAACUCUGCGAAGCCAGUCGAGACAUCGCAGUCCAUUGUUACCGAUGUGGUUCACCUCACCACAUCGCAUCCGAUCCAGGCCGUCCGGCCAAGCACGUUACCUGCCGUGCGUGCGGAAAAGUGGGACAUUACGCUUCAGUUUGCCGUUCGACGAGCCGAACGCAGCGACAGUCUCCUGCUCGAACGCAGCUUGUUUCCACUACUGCCGAUACAGAAUCGGUCACCACAGGCCCGUCUGUGCUUACGAUUCAAGCACCGAAUUCCCGUCCGGCAAUAAUUGACGCCGAAGUCCUCAUUCCGAAUACUACACUCAACUUGCUCGUGGAUACAUACGGUGUCGCUGAUGAACAGUUCCCUGCACGAAGGACAUUUCAAUGUUUUUAGGUUUAGGUUUUCAAGGACACGUUAAGGUUUUCAAGGUGCACGUUAAAGGACCCCAGGUGGUCGAAAUUUCCGGGGUCCUCCACUACGGCGUGCCUCGGAAUCAAAGUGGUUUUGGCACCUGAAACCCCAUAAUUUAUUAUUAGUCCACAUUCAAUUGCUUUGAAGCCUCCAGUAUUGCUUACCUUCUGCCUGUCAUUCUAUGUAUUGCAGGAAUCUCUAUUUCCUCAAGAUACAUUCUACAGCCAAAGGACAUCAUGCAUAUUCAAGGGCAAAUUUCCUCAGAAGACGAUUGCAAGGCUUCAAAGACAGCAGGCGUAGGCGCUCAAAUGCUGUCAUUAGCAGGAUGGCAUGCAGCUGCUCAGACUGGUCCCUGGGGACAGCUUUCUACCAAGACAACUCUUUCACUAAUGAGAGCGGAAACAGGCUUCACAACGACCGGUGGUCUCUCAUUUGAACAAUUCGAAAGGUUAUGGAACCUGUGCCAAUCCUGGUUCAACGGCCUUCCUGCUGAGUGCAAAGAAAGUAAGCUAAUGGCUUACUCCCAUGUCUCCCAACUACUCGGACAACUUGGUCUUCCACUACGCUAUGGUCACUUCAUUUUUCACCGCUACAGUGGGGGACUGAACCGGAUCACUGUUGACGACUAUUUCUUUAUCAGAGGUGUUCUGAACGUGUGCAGAGGCUUUCAUGAAAACCAUCAGGUGGAUGGGGACAAUGUACAUGUCGCUGUUAGCUGGCUCGAGUUCUGCCAGCUAACGCUUGCUCUUUCAUAAAUGAUUUAUUUUAUUUGUUAUGUGUGUUUGUUUUUAUUUGUACAAGGAAAAAAAAUAAAGGAAGUCAGAGUUGG